ACUUCCGCUGCAACAGAACAAGAGAGGAAGCUGCCGUUAGUGUCAGAUUCAGCGGGACUGAGUCCGAGUUUUUCUCUUCUCCAGAUCGGAACCAAAGUAAUCCGGACUGCAGUGAUCCAUUCUGAGAAGGAUCUGUUUCCAGGUGUCAGUGGGUCCCGGAUCACACCUGGAGGACCCGCUGGUGAGUAAACCUGUAGAUCACCUGGAUCCAGGACUGAACCCAGACAGCUGAUUGGACCUCGGAACUCUUCAGGACAUGAGCAGCUCGGUGAGUCGGUUGGAUCUGCAGCCACCUGAUCAGGCUCAGAGGAAGCGGCGGCCCGCCGGAAGCUCUCUGGUCUCCAGAACCAAGACCAGCAGAGCAGUCAGUGGUCGGCCCCGCAGGACAGCCGGUGCCAGAGACCACGCCCCCCCCACGGAGCCCAUCGACGUGAUGGACGGCGCCGAGGACGGUGUGGAGGAAGUGGUGGACCUCACCUGCGAGGGAUCAGAGUCUGCUGUGGUUGACCUGACGACCAACAACGAGUCGGAGCUGCUGGUGGACGAAGGGCCUCCGGGUGAGAGCUAUGUACUCAGCAGUGAUGAAGAUGAAGACGCGCCCACUGUCGUUCAAGCUGCCAUCACCUCUACUGCACACACAUCCAGGUUGACUCCAGGUCUCAUCAGCUGCCCCGUCUGUCUGGACCUGUACUCCGAGAUCGUAGAGAGCGGGCGAUUGGUCGUCUCCACGAAGUGCGGCCACGUGUUCUGCAGCCAGUGUCUGAGGGACGCUCUGACAUCAUCACACACCUGCCCCACCUGCAGGAAGCGGCUCACUUCGCGCCAGUACCACCCUCUUUACAUCUGACACCUGGUGACAUCAUCAGCGGACUGAGCUGCUAUUGGCUGUCCUCAGUGGCGUCAUCGUCGACAGUAAUCCGCAGCGGUUGCUGAAAAUAUUUUUUUUUUAUAGUUUGUGUUUAAAGAUGGCGGAUUGAAUGAUGUUUUCCUAUUAAAUAUUAUGGAGUAACAACGGCUGCUUGACUGAUUGGUCAGAUGGCAUCAGGCCCCGCCCACCAGGUCAACCACUCAACUCAGAGAACUAAAUUCAAACUAUCAUGGUUUCCAUUGUUUUGAUUUCUAAAAUUCAUUCUUAUAAAAUAAGGAGUAGCGCAGAAGGUCCAGCAGGGGGCGUGGUGUGACUCCAGUGAGUCCUGCAGCUGCUGUUUGAAGGUUCUGGUUCCGGUUUAG